AUGUCUGACAUGGUCAUCCCUGCCUUUGGUUGGUUUACCGAAGACGGGCUCAAAACGAAGUCGAUAUCUUGGGCCCAAAGUCAAUUUCCGAUGAGCCAGUCUGAUGGCAUCAGUUCUUCAGAGCUGCUCUCAGAUGAGAACGGUGACGAUAUCAAAAAACUUACACGGCGCCGCCAAAUUGGCGACAAACACACUUGGAUGUUAGAGCUUGACACCACGGGUGUGACAAUCCCAGAUAUGCCUGUCACGGUUUACGAGUCCACCACCUUUCGGUUGAAGGUGCCGACCUCAAGUGAAGCUGAUACGUCCGUUGCUCACUACAAAGUGGACUACGACGAAUCUCUGAAGCAUCCCGUUUUGAAGUACCGAGUGUUUGGUGAUCACAAUCACCUGCAGAGAAACUCUUACUCUACUCGCAAAUGCGAAGAGCUCCAGGGUCGACUCAAUGAGCUGAAUUUGAUCGAGCUUAUGAAGAUUCCUGUCGGCCAACGUCCACCACAAUACACGGAACUCUUGCUAAAUAUGAGACUCGUAACCGGGUCAAGGGGAAAAUUCGACCUGGCUCCAACUUGGACAUUCUACGAUGACGAGGUCAUAGAGUUCUUAGACAAAGCUUGGAAAGUGCAGCAGAGGAUUGACGAGAGAGAAGAGGCUCAGCGCAGGGCGAAGUCUGAGGAGCUGAUCUGAAGAUGAGUA